AAUCAGAUAAAACAGGCUGAUCAGUGUAAACUGUUCCUUUUGUCUGACUAAGGUUUUUGUCUGGGUUUACCCUGGAAAGAGGAAACUUUUCUCUCCUGACUUCUUCCUGGAAGAUCAAAGGUCACUCUGAAUAGACCUUAUUCAGAACUUCUCAGCAGCAGUGUGACGUAAAGUUGAAGAAGUACCUGCAGCUUCCUGCUGCAAGGAGCAAACCACCUGGAGGAACAGAUUCUAUAUAUGUUUUUACAGGCUGUUUAUGUGUCGUUUUACAGGUUUUUACUGAUGUUUUACAGGCUGUUUACAGUUUGUUUACAAAUAGGUUGUUUACAGGUAAUUUUACAAGUUGUUUACAGCUUGUUCACAGGUAGUUUUACUUACAUGUAGUUAUACAGAUGUUUACAGGUUGCGUACAGAUUGUUUACAUGCAGUUUUACAGUUUGUUUACAUGUAGUUUUACUGGUAGGUUGUUUGCAGGUAGGUUUACAGGUUGUUUACAGGUAAUUUUACAAGUUGUAGACAGUUUGUUCACAGGUAGGUUGCUUACGCAUGAUUUUACAGGUUGUUUACAGUUUAUUUACAUGUAGUUAUACAGACGUUUACAGGUUGCUUACAGGUUAUUUAUGUGCAGUUUUACAGGUUGUUUACAUGUAGUUUUACAGGCUGUUUACAGGUUGUUUACAGGUUGAUUAGAUGUAGUUUACUGGUUGUUUUCAGGUAGUUUAGAGGUUGUUUAACUGUUGUUUUACAGGUUGUUUACUGGUAGAUUACAGCUUGUUUUUCACAUUGUUUAUAAAAUGUUAUUUUACCUGUUCAUACCCUCAGAGAUUACGGAUUAUGAUCAGGUAUGGAUCUUCAUGGAGUCAUCAGGUAAAGCAGGCAUUUCCAGACCCUGGCUGGUUAAUGAACGUGGUAUGAGACACAUUAUCAGGUGAAUUCCAGCUCAUGGCUCAUGUGUGGGGAAUGUGGACUGAGGACUUCCUUGUAGCAGCUGGGUGGAGACUCGGCUGGUUUCUUUAACCUCACCCUGGGCUUGGAGCAAAGCAGCAGGUGUAGAAGAGAGACGAACGCUGACAGAACUUUCACCAGCUUCUCAUUCAGAGGAAAACAUCGUUGUGGUCCGGGAUGCUUUACAUCGAGUUACUGCAGCUGUGGAAUGAGUCUGUCCAGGCCCUGGAUGCCAGGGACUGGCAGGGAGCUCUGGCUAAACUCCAGCAGAUCACUGAACCCACUUCUCGUAUCCUAUUUAACACUGCGUCCGCUCACCUGGCCCUGGGACAGCUGGACAUGGCUCUGCAGGAUUUAGACCUCACCAUUGCCAAGGAUGAGCGUCUGGCUGUCGGCUUCUUCCAGAGAGCUGCAGUACUGAUGCAGAUGGACAGGCUGGAGGCGGCUCUGUCAGACUGUAUCUGGGCUCAGAAACACAUGAGAGGGAACGUUAUCAUCGACUACAGACAGCUGGGGCUGAGAUACAAACUCCUCAGCUGGCAGGUGUUAUAUAACACAGCAGCUGUUUACUGUCGGAUGGGACAGUGGGAGCAGGCCAGGGAGGUCCUGCUGUCGGCCUCCCAGGAGAGAGGAGCAGCACGAGGGACGGACAUAGAGGUAGCUCUAAACAGCGUUGAGAGGAAGGUGGUCCCAGCUCCUCUCCUGGUACCUGAAGGGGUGGUGUUUCGUCCCAGGAAACAGGACAUCGAGCAGCUGCAGCAAAGGGACUUCCUGGGGAAGGCCAAGGUGAUUUCCUCUGUGAUUCCCAAUGAUGAUUUUGGAGGCUUUGAACCUUUAAGGGAACAGAAACCUGGUUUCUAUGAACCCAAAGUGGAUGGAGCCCAGGAUUCUCGGUACAUGCGUCUGAAGACUCCUUACAUGGCCCAGGGCCCAGAGCAGCUGACCGCUCCUGGAGGGGCCCUGGUGUUUUUAUUUGGAGAGGAGGACAGAGAUGGGAUGAUAAAUGUCAUAUAUGAUGGAAAGAGAGGACUGCUGCCGGUGUCCCUGCUGGAACCUGCAGAUGUUAAGACAUCCAAAGGAAAAAAGGAGAAGACAGUUCCCAGUGGAAUCCCCCUCCCACCAGGACUGAGACCACCCACCCGCCCACAGGCCCGGCCAAGCCCUGCUGCCCCUCCUCAGGUACAUUUUACCACAGACACUCCACCUCCAUCCAACACCACCGCCACCCACACACCGCCACCAGCCACCCAACCCCUGAAGUACACAGCCAACGCAGCGAGCAGCCAGACUUCUGGCUACCAGGCUGAGGGAGCCGAGGCAGACUCUGUGGUGGUAAAAGUCCACUACUCGUACACCGUGGCGCUGUCCGUCCCCCUGGACACGCCGUAUCAUGAACUGAAGCAACAAAUUGCUCAGAAGUUGGACCUUCCAGCCUCUCAGCUGCGUCUCAGACAUAAACAACAUGGCUCCCAUGUGCUCACCCCUCUGAGUGAGGAGGCGGAGCCAGGCCUGGUGCUGCAGGAAGUGGCUGAGGCUGGCAGAGCCACACUGUGGUGCCAGAAAGAAGACCCCCUGACCAGUCGCACCAUCCUCUACCAGAUGGUGGCACUGCAUGACUAUGCUGCUCAGGACCCAGAGGACCUGGAGUUCAGUGAAGGAGACACCAUCGACAUCCUUGGAGAAGUUAAUGAGGAAUGGCUGGAGGGACACUGUGCAGGAAACAUCGGCAUCUUCCCAAGCUGCUUUGCCUACAGGGAGAACGGCACCAUCAUCCACGGCUCAGAGCAUUAGUGUCCCAGUAACCUGGAACUGCUGGCUGUUUACAGGCGCAGUAAAAACAAACAGCUCCUUACAGGGACAUAACGUCCACGCUUUAAUGCUUUAAAUAAAACUGUCCAACACACCGUCAGCGUCUGGGGAAAGCUGCGCAUCCCUCGUCUCAGGCUGCUCUUCUCACAAGGUGAAAGAAGUGUGUUGCUGCGUUUACACACAACUGAAAACCAACAAAAACACAAUAAGAAGAAGACAAAGUUGUAUUCACCCACACCGACCCUGAAGGAGAACCUGGACCAUCUGGAUUUACUGCUCUGUUCCUUUCUUUUUCUGUUUUUUACAAUAAUCACACUAAUGAAAUAAAAAUAAUACAAAUAAAUAAAUCAUAAAAAAGAAAAGUCAAAACAGUUUGACUCUUGAUGCUGCAGAAACCGGGGUUGGAAAAUAUUUAUAGUUUUCUGAUAAAUGUAAUAAAAUUGGUUAUUUUGUUCACCAAAUCAAAGUUAUUGUUUACAUCAGUAAAUAAACACAUAUAUACUUUACAGCCUGAAAUAUUAAUUCAUUAUUAGACUUAAAAAACACCAAAGUAAAGUAUUUCUUUGACAAA